AUGCGGCUGGCUGGAUAUAAAGAAGUACAAAUGUUGAUGCUGAAAAGAGAAAUCGAAAAAGAGCAAGUGCUGAUGUUUUAUAAAGUAUCUCAGAACAUGUGGUACCUAAAAUUAAAGAAUUUUGAGGAGGAGGUCAGAGCCCACCGUGACCUGGACGGAUUCCUGGCCAGAGCGAGCAUCAUUCUGGACGAGACGGCCACUUCUCUAGAUGACGUUCUGCGGGAGAUGUUGAAACACUUCGCCGAGGAUUCGGACAACACCGAGCCGAGCUGCAACUUUGACAAAAUUAUGAGCACUUUAUUCACCGAUUCAGGGACGCCCAUGGAGGGGAACGGCAUCAUCGGCAACAACAAAGCCAUCGGGAAAUACAUCACCACCAUGAUCUUCCUCUACUUCGCCUGCCUCCUGCCCACCAUCGCUUUCGGCUCCCUUAACGACGAAAACACCGAGGGCGUCAUAGAUGUGCAAAAGUCGAUCGUGGGCCAGUGCAUUGGCGGACUGCUUUAUGCGCUCUUCGCCGGCCAGCCCCUCGUGGUGCUUUUAACCACAGCGCCUCUGGCACUUUAUAUCAAUGUGAUCAAAGGAAUCUGUUCCGACUACAACUUGGACUUCCGAGCGUUUUAUGCGUGGGUUGGACUCUGGAAUAGUUUUUUCCUCGUGCUCUACUCUCUCUUCAACUUCAGCCUUGUAAUGAAGCUCUUUAAAAGGUCCACAGAAGAAAUCAUUGCACUUUUUAUUUCCAUCACAUUCGUGCUCGAUGCCCUGAAAGGAAUCACAAAAGGUUAG